AUUACAAUACCAAUCCUACGUUCAUCUGUAGACGCAUGAGACUUUCGAUGGCCAGUAAUAUCAUCACUGGAUUUGCUUAAUUUGUAUGGUCGUAACCCACACGGAUAGUGAGUCAGGACAGCCACCAGUUCCGAGGUCGAAUCAGCCUUCAUUCACCGAUACAACAAAAUCUGAACAUCCUGAAUUCGGCCGGACCAAUCCGCCUGGAUAUACCCACAUCACUUUUGGUCCAUCAGUCUCACAACACUUGUCAAUAAGACGACCGUGGUAGUCUCACAGCCAUGACUCUAUUUUUCAACCCUUUCUCCCGUUCCAGGGGCGGUGACGCAUGGUUCCGGGUUGGCCUAGCGUCUUCAUUUCCGAACAUCACAGGCGAGGACGAGGACAACAUCGCCCAUGCGCGCCCGUGUGGCGCCGGUGCUGAAACGACACCCGGCUGCAAAGUCCUGUAUGUCCCCAAGGAAGACAGUUCCCUUGCCAGCGAGGUCAAGCUUGACGAAUCCGGCGCUCCGUGCGAGCCGGGAAGCCUGCGGGACCAAGUGCUUGUCUUCAAGUACAAGGGCAAAUUUCAUGCUAUAAAUCAGGAGUGUCCUCAUUCGUCAUAUCCGCUGUCAGACGGGACACCAUUUGACAUUGAAGACUUUGGCGUUGUGUUGAGUUCUGGCAUCACAUGCCCCAAGCACGGUUGGUCUUUUGAUCUCAUUACCGGCAGAGGCGACCGGGGCAACUACAGGCUGCAAGUGUGGGAGACUGAGCUUCGCCCUGUCGAAUCGGAGGGCGCCGAGGCGGGAGACAGCGAAGUCUGGGUUAGGAGGAAGCAAAGAAUCGGAUAGACACUUUGGCGCCCAUCUUCGGCGUUUUAUAGAGGACACUAAGCUCGAGAUAUCCAACAAG